UCCUUAGUCAUUCAGUCUCUCAUCUCCUUAUAUAUGUAAACUUAGUAUCAUCAACUUACUUAUUGUCUCUUCACAGGAACAAAGCACUAGAAUCAACACUCAUUAUAUUCAUCAAAACUCAAGAGCUAUAACAGCUACCAUGGAUAUCUGGUCAUGGAUGUCCGAGCUUCCUAGCUCAGGAGACGAUUGGCAUGAAUCUUCAUUGAUCUUCGAACUCGCUAAUGAUGGAAAACAUCUCAACUCCACGACCGACAACUCAAUUCUACUCAAAGCAGAAAAAAGUACUUCAGCAGGAUCAAACUCCCUGCAGGUUACGUUCUCUGUUUGCAUACAAGGUUUUGAACCAUAUGUUACUGAAAAAACACUAUGGGUUUCAAACCCAUGUUCACUCUCAUCCGAACAACCUUACCUUCCACUCCUCCUUCAACUCAUCCAGGAAAUCAUAAUUCAUGCACCAAAUUCUCACGAGAGUACAUGUCCACGUUCUCAACAUCAAAAACUCAAACCAGAACCAGUUUCAUGGAUCGUCGAUUCACACUCACCUGAAUCGCUCUCUCAUUUCUUUAACUUCAUUUUCCUUUGUCGCAUCUUUUGGAUUUGUGUUUGUGACGCACCUUCUGAAGUUGGAUCUGUUUACUUUCAUAAACUACUGACUCCAAAUCUAAACCUUCUAUCCUGUAAACAUGUUAUCCGUAAUUUCUUCGUUUCAAUAGGAAUUGAUGGUGAAUUAUGUAUCAUGCGCACCUUGGGCUACAUGUUAGCCAACUGGCAUAUCUUAAGAGACCUCCGUGUUGGUUUACAGAUGUUAACCCCUCUUCCAUCUAAUGGAUUCUCUUAUGCAACUGAAUCUCAUGGUUUUUGGGUUUUAAAAGGCUAUGCUCCAGUUCUUUCAAUGCAACCUAGCCAUCGACAGAAUUCGACAUUACGGUUAAAUCAGUUUGAUACGAAGGAAACAGUACUGAAGUACGUAUUGGCGCAUCAACAACUCGAGGCUACGAUUCAGCUUCAGUAUUCGGUUUAUUUUACCGACGGCUUUAUCCAAGUAAAUGCACGUAUUGAUAACUUGCGUUUCCACAUGGUGAAACUAGGUUUUAACAAGAAUGAGGAGGCAAAUACUGUGUGUUCAGAUGAACGGCAUUUUCCGUCGAGAAUUCGGAUUUGGGCAGGACCAGAAAUUGGAGCCAACUACGUCUCAAGUUUAAGCUUAGGUCGUUCUACUGAGAACCAAGAGAGGGAAGUUGAAACGAAAAAGGCUGUCAAAGGUAGUUCAGGAAAACUAAGAGGAAUGGCAAAGACAACAUCGAGAAGAAAAACAAAGAGUUGGAGAUUUGAUCAAGAUGCCGAAGGACAUGCUGCAAUUUUCGAAGCGGUUUUAUGUGACAGUGCGACCGGUAUAGAGGUCUCCACAUGGAAGGCUACUAAGAGCGGUGAUGAAGUGGGAAAUCCGAUGACCGGCUUGAAAAAUCGGUACAACGAUGCAAGCAGAUUGUUUAAUAAAGCUGGAGGGUUGGUAUUUAAUGGUGAUGAGUAUGGUGAAGGAGUUGGAUGGAGAUUGAGCAGAGAUAUGGAAGGAAGUGUUUUGAAGUGGAGAUUAGGAGGGAAGAUUUGGGUUAGUUAUUGCCCAAACAGUAAUGACUUGAAGAAUGACAAUACUACUUCUACUUUUGAAACUAGAUGUGUAAACUGGUGCGAGGAAGUUGAUUUGCCUUUGAUCCGUGGGAAACUUUUACUAUAAACAGCAUAAUUUUAUGCUUUCUAUGAAGUAGUGAUGCAUGCCUAGUGCCUAAAAUGAGAGAUCGUACAUAUGUAUUGUAAUCUUAAUGCAGUAGCAUUGUUGGUACGAAAUAAAAAAAGAGAAGAAAAAUAUUAGUAUAUCUGUAUAUGGAAUAGAUUUAUAAAACUCAUUGAAAUAUGCGUCA